CAACAUGCGUACAUGAAGACAAAGUUCAUUUCCAAUUGAUUUGAUCUCUUCUAGUUUCACAGAUCCAAAUAUUUUAGCUUCAAUAUUUUUAUAAAGUUGUUAAAAAUGUCAGAUGCACCAGCGAUUGGACACUAUAGAUGUCGAAAUCAGACACAGGAAGAAAGUAUUUACAAUUUAAUUCCUACAAUUCCCCCUGCAAAAGAAAAACCUGCAAGAUACAAGUCCAAAUUUGCAGAAGCAGUUCGCCAUGAUUUAAAGAACAAUAAGACCAAUUCUAAAACUAUGGGUCCUGCGAAAGUUGAAGUUGCCAAACCAAAAGAAUUCCUGGUCAAACAUUCCAAAGAAAAAAAUUUAUCAGAGGGAAAAUCUCAAUUCAAGUAUCCUGAUGCAGAAAAAAGAAAACCAUCAGUGCCAAAGCACAACGAGAAGCCAGCAAUUAUGGGUGUUAAGUCAAACAAGAAUUUCAUAACUACAAAUGCUGUUGAAAACAUCAUGUCUAUACCCAAAAAACAUGAAAAAAAGUAUGCUGAUACCAAAACAGGAGCAACUCAUCAACUAGAACCAUCAGGAUUAACACCAAAAUAUAGAAACAAAAAAGACUUUGGCAAAACACCUGAGUAUCUUGAGAAACGCAAGAAAGAAGUUGAGCAAGCUCAAAUUGAAUAUGAUACUUACAUUAGGGAAAAAUUUCGACUGGGCGCAAUGAAAAAACUGUCAGAAGAUGAAAGACAAUCAAUAAUUAAUGGAUUAAAGUCAAACUGGGAAGAACUACAUCAUCAUUAUCAAGGUUUGUCAGUUGUAACUGACACUGCUCCAAAAAAAGCCCGAAAAGAAAACCUUGAAGCUCAAAUGAAGCAAUUGGAGAGAGAUAUUGAGACAAUGGAGAAACAUAAAAUUAUAUAUAUAGCAUCCUAAGUAACACAAAAGAACACAAACAUAUAUAAAUAUAUGAAUACAAAUAGACUAAAAAAGAAAUUUUAUGUACAGCUGUUAAAAAUCCCAGUAUGUUACUUAUAAGUAAAAAUAAAACAAAAAUGAUGAAUUUGUAUGAUGAACAACAAUUUACUGUAAAAUGUCAGUUGUAACUAAAGGUAUUUUCAAAAUAUUCAUGAAAA